AUGGUUGGAAGUAAGGAUAUCCAGAAACCUUGUGGUAAUAUAAAGGAAACGUCAUCUUUAAACUUUUCAAAUAAUUUUUUGUCAGACGUAAGUAAGAAAACUAUAGAUAUAGGAACAAGCAUAACUUCUAUGGAUGAAGGAAUUAAACCAUUUAACGAAAAAAUCUUUUCAACUAAUUAUUCUUCUAAAUUUUUGAAUGAAAACCAUUUAAACAACAAUCUUUCAAAAAAGAAUUUACAAAGUUUAUCUCUUAAUGCACCUCACAUUGAUUUGAGGGAUUAUUUCCCUACCAAAUCUGUUUUUGGUUCAUUCGACAAUUUAAAACCUAUUUUAUCUAAUAGUAAUUCUGCACUUCAUUCAUCUAUGUCAUUUGUUACUACAUAUCCUAUUCCUGUAGAAUCGAAUUCAAUUUUUUGCUGUGUACCUGGAAGAUUAACAUUAUUAGGAUUAACAACACGUUAUAAGAUAACCGUGGGAGAGAUACUACGUCGUUUAAGUCAUCCAGAAUUCUUGAAUACCUCUUUACUUGGAGCAAUCUUAAGAAAGUCUAAAAAUAAAAAUGGUGGUACUAAGCUUCGUGAAUCACUAAGUCGUAUAAAAAUUAAACUACCGAUUGGAAGAAGAAAAGCAUAUGGUACUACAUCAUUUACUUCAUUUACUGAAAGUGAAUCUUUAAAAUUAGCAAAUGAUUUUAAAGAUAUAUCUAGGGAAACUUUUCCUUGCUCACUUUUUGGUAAGGCAAUCGUAGAUAGUGAAAUAAAUCAAAAUAGAAAUCCUAAGAUUAUAGAAGAAAUUUUGAAAAAUUCAAUAAUGUUAAUAAAAAUAAUAAAAAAUAUUUUAUUAAAAGAUCGUUCCCCAAUUACAACAACCAAUGAAUCACCAAUACUGAAGGAAUUCCUUCAAGAGCCACUGAAAAGAUUUUCUUUAUUAACUCAUGGUUUCGGUACUAUGACUUUAAUAACUUCUUUAAAUAUUUUAGAAAAAAUCUUUACUGAAGGGCUUCACUAUUUAGAAUUCAAAUAUCAACAUUUAAAUUUACAAAAUCUUCCAAUUUGUAAUUUUCAAAAUAAUAAUUUAUCAAAUUUAUCGAGUCAAAUAUUUAAGAACAAUCAUUUUUAA